AUGCAAAAGUACAGGCCACAGGUCUUGACAAAGUGUGUCUGCACUCCCGGCACGGAAUGCAAGUCCGUCAUUGCCAACGCGGGGGUUGCGUCGGUAGCUUCGACCAUCUUCGUGAGAAUCGCCUUGGGCACCCUUCUGGAGCGGUUCGGCCCCGUAAACGUGCAAUGCGGGCUGAUGAGCUUUGGCGCUUUCUGGGUUUUCAUGGCAGCAGCCAUCACCGCACCCUGGAAUUACACCCUCAUCAGGUUCUUCAUUG